ACACCUGCGGGCCACGCCUACCAUUGUCGGUUGUUCUCGCUGUACCUGUUUGCUGUGACACGAAAAUGGCUGCAACAACUAUUUCUAUAGAAGAAGAUCAGUUUAGCUGUCCGGUGUGUCUGGAUGUACUGCGGGAGCCGGUGACCAUCCCCUGUGGCCACAGCUACUGCCUGGACUGCAUCGAGGACUACUGGAACAGGCCCACGCAGAAGGGCCAGUACAGCUGUCCGCAGUGCCGCCAGCUGUUCAGCCCCAGACCGGCGCUCAGCAGGAACACCGUGCUCCAGGAGGUGGUGGACAAGUUACAGCGGACGGGGCUCCAAGCCGCGGCUCCACAGCCAGCAGCCAAAGCCGAGGAUGUCCGGUGUGGUGUGUGCACGGGGAGAAAGGCCAGGGCCGUCAGAUCCUGUGCCGUGUGCCAGGAGUCUUACUGCGAGGCUCACCUGAGGGCCCAUGAGGACCGCUUUCACGGCAAGGGCCACAAGCUGAGCUCGGCGGUGGAUCAGCCCAGGGAGAGGCUCUGUCCGCAUCACGACAAGCAGCUGAGGGUGUACUGCCGCAGCGACCAGCAGUGUGUGUGCUCACAGUGCGCCAAAGAGAGGCAUAAGGACCAUGACACGGUCCCAGUGGCGGAUGAGAGAGCAGCUCAACAGAAAAAGCUGGAAGAGUCGUCUUUGAAGUCUUUGCAGAAAUUGAAGGAAGUUGAGAAGGAACUCAGAUAUGUUGUCAGGUACAUCAAGCACUCUACAGAAGCAGCAGUGGAGGAGAGCGAGAGGAUUUUCUCCAAGCUGAUCCGCUCCAUCGAGAAGCAUCGGUGUGAGGUGAGGGAGCUGAUCAGAGCCCAGGAGAAGACGGCUGUCAGCCAGGCUGAGGAGCUGCUGGAGAAGAUCCAGAGGGAGAUCACGGUGCUGCGCAGGAGUGAGGCAGAGCUCGAGAAGCUCUCUCACACUGAGGACCACAUCCACUUCCUGCAGAAAUGCAAGUCGCUCCACUUCCCUUCAAAGAGUGUGGAGCUGCCCAGCGCCGAUCUGCUUCCAUAUUUCAUGUACAAAACCAUGAGAGGGGCCCUGGCUGAUCUGAAAGGCAGUCUGGAUGAAGUGUGUGAGAGAGAAUUCAACAGGAUUUCUGAGAAGGCAAUUUCACUGAAAGAAACGAGCCACAGUGGCACUGCAAAAAAUAAAGUAAGAGAUACUGACAUACCUCCCAACUCGGAGCCGAGGACAAGAGCUGAAUUCCUACAUUACUACAACGACAUAACGCUGGACUCCGGCACAGCCAACCCCUACCUGUCCCUCUCCGACGGUCGCAGAGGGGUGACCACGCGGUCCGAGCCACAGCCCUACCCCGAAAACCCAGACCGCUUCACCAACUGGGCGCAGGUGCUGGGUAGAGCCGGAAUUGCCGGACGCUGCUACUGGGAGGUAGAGUGGGCCGGCACCGGAGGGGUUUCCAUUGGCGUCUGCUACAAAGGCAUGAACCGGAAUGGAGGAGGGAGCGACAGCAAGCUGGGACACAACUCCAAAUCCUGGAGCCUGGACUGCUGCUACUCGUCCUGCUCGUUUCAGCACAACAAGGACAGCGUGGUGAUCGCUGUUCCCUGUGGCAACAGAAUAGGAGUGUAUCUGGACUUCAGGGCUGGGACGCUGUCUUUCUACAACGUUUCUGAAGCAAUGGUUCUGCUUCAUAAAGCCAAGACCACGUUCAGCCAGCCCCUCUACCCCGGAUUUUGGGUGGGGCUGGGCUCUACGUUGAAGCUCUGCUCUUUCAAAGGGCUAAACUGAUUACAUUCUCAGUACCUUCAAGUUU